GACUCUUCACAUCUUCCAGUGUUGAAGACUUCAAAGUACACCUGGAUCUACCAAUUUUUCAGAAGACCGCAGUGUUUUUUCCAUUUUCCCAUGAAGCCACACUGUUGCUUUUUCCCUCUACUCAUGAGUGUUAUUGUGCCAGCUACUUUUGUGUGGGGAGAUGCAGACUUCCACCAAAGGGCCCCACUGGAAGCAAACCACACUUCUUCCAAUGCAUCGUUUCUCCCAGGCUUUGAACUCUCAGCAGGUUCCAACUCGGGCGAUGAUGUCAUCAUAGCCAAAGAGGGGGCUAGUGUGUCAAUCGAGUGUCUUCUCACAGUCAGCCACCAUGAAAACGUCCGUUGGUACAACUCACGAGGACAGCGACUGGAUGACAGAGGCAGAGGUGGAAAAUGGUUGGUUUCUGAUAACUUCCUGAAUAUCACCAGCAUAGCCUUUGAUGACCGUGGGCUCUACACCUGUUUUGUCACCUCUCCGACCCAUGCCUCCUACUCUGUCACCCUCCGUGUUAUCUUCACCUCCGGAGACAUGAGCAUCUACUACAUGAUUGUUUGCCUGAUUGCCUUUACAAUCACUCUCAUCUUGAAUGUCACGCGGCUAUGCAUGAUGAGUAGCCAUCUUCGCAAGACUGAGAAGGCCAUCAAUGAGUUCUUCAGAACGGAAGGGGCUGAGAAACUUCAGAAGGCCUUUGAGAUUGCGAAACGCAUCCCCAUCAUCACCUCAGCCAAGACUCUGGAGCUUGCCAAAGUCACCCAGUUUAAGACCAUGGAGUUUGCUCGUUACAUCGAAGAACUGGCGAGAAGUGUCCCUCUGCCACCUCUCAUUCUGAACUGCCGAGCUUUUGUGGAGGAGAUGUUUGAAGCCGUGCGAGUGGAUGACCCUGAUGACAUGGGGGAAAGAAUUAAAGAGAGGCCCGCCUUGGACGCUCAGGGUGCCAUCUAUGUCAUCAACCCAGAGAUGGGGCGGAGUAACUCCCCAGAAGGAGAUUCGGAUGACGGCUCUCUGAGUGAGCAAGGCCAAGAGAUAGCGGUUCAGGUCUCUGUCCACCUUCAGUCAGAGACGAAAAGUAUUGGGACUGAUUCUCAAGACAGCAGCCAUAUCAGUCCUUCUGACGACAUAGCAUCUGCCGAAUUGAACUCAAACUACAAAGAGGAAGCAUAUGAAACCUGCCAGCUGUGAACAGUGCCAAUUUCUACAAACGAGAUCUCAGAAAAUGACCUUAUUUCUAGGAGGGGAAAAACGUUUUUACCAAAAGACAAAUGGAGUUUUCCCCAUUCAGCACUUCAGGACACGAAAUGCCAAAAUCAUUGUGAAAGUGCAGCAUUUUUCUAAUCCAAUAUCUCAGUGAAGCCUGAGUAAAUGAUACGCAUUCAGAGUUCCAUGAGGCUGAGGGGGAAACAUGAGAGGAAAACUACCCUGUCCUGUCUCGUCUUGAGUCUUCCAUCGGUUAGGUCGGACAGUCCUCCUGACGCCUCAGUCAAACGAGGACUGUGCAUUAGGUGGCAUCUAAGGUUGUUUCUGACACUGACUUCUUCAAGAAAACCACCCUGAGACUUGUUGUCCCCUAUGAUUGAAAGGACCAAGCUGUUCGGAGUAAUUUAGGUAUCCACAUCCACACUAUAAAACAUAGAUGUGCGGUGGCUUUUAGCUGUGCUGCCUUAGGGAGCAUAUGGCUGUUUGUUCAGACAUCAGAGAGCUAACCCUGUUAGUAAACUACUUUCCAUGAGUGAAUUGGUCCUUUGGCAGGGGAAUAUCCUGUCUUUUUAACCUAAGGAGGCAUCAUUUCAUUCAGUGAAGUUGUCAGUGAUUUUCUCAUUUGGCAAAGUGAACGGUGUCUUCAGUCACUUUAGAAUAAGAAGCGUUGUCGCCUGGUCUGUUUAUGAAUCAUGGAUCUUGGCAUGUCAGUUACCACAAUUUCUCAGGCUUUGCCUUUUUUUUUAAGUACUGUGUUUGGGAGGCCAUCCCAGAGAAAAGCUCAGGUGUGGGUCCCUCUUUAAUCCCCUGUGUACAUUCUAGCCCUCCGAGGUCUUAAACUUGGUGCUCAAGCUUGUAGGCUCCUUGUGUUUCGUUUGUAUUCAGUUACUUCAGGUAGGUUUUAUUAUUUUGUACUUUCGUUUCAGGCUUCUGGGGUCGGGCUGCUUCUGUGGCAUUUCUGAGAAGUCGCUCCCUGAAAUAAGAUUAGAUAAUGGUAUGUGGCAUGCUAACCCGUUGUUACCAGGUAGAUUCUGACUCCUCAUGACCCAGAGAAGGGUAAAACUGCCCCCCAAGGGUUUCCAAGGCUUUUAAUCCUUUUGUAAGCGAACGACCACAUCUUUCUCCUACAGAGCAGGCUGGUAAGUUCAAGAUGCCCAGCCUAUGGUUAGCAGACAGCCACCACCUUCUAAACAUAACGCGAAAUCAUGGCUGAUGCCAUUUGGUUCAGCUGUAUGUAAUAAACACUUGAGACAGCGUUUCUUGCCUGCCUGAGAUCUGACAUCACAUAACUGUAAAUUGUGCUUCAGAGUAAUGUCUUCAGCUUUAUGCCAUCUAGUUUUGAGAACUUGGCAAUGAAGCACCGUUUGAAAAUGUCGUUUCAUUUGGCUUCUGAUCAUUCAAGCAUUACAUGAAUUAAAGGAGCCUGAGGGACGUAUUAGGAAGAGAUAUUAUCACGAUUUUAAUUUAAGGUUUCAAAUGGAGGAAGGCGGAAAUUCCCAGUGUGACCAAAUAAAACUCAAGACUUUCUCCAGGGUUGUCAGAAAAUAACCUGCUCUGCAUAGAAUGGAUGUGAAGUUUUGUCAGUUGGCAUUACAAGUAUCUUAGUUAUCCAGUGCUGCUAUAACAGAAAUACCAUAACUUGGUAGCUUUAACAAACAAGAAGUGGCACAGUGGUUAUGAGCUGGUCUGCUAACCACAAGGUCCAAAGUUCGAAACCACCAGGGGCUUCUACUCACGUGAAGAGUUAGGCUCAGAAAUUCACAGGAGCAUGUUUAUCCUGUCCUAUAGGACAUCUAUAUGUCAGCAUUGACUUGAUGGCAGUGAGUUUGGUUUUUGAGUUUUUAACAAAUUCAUCCUCUCCUGGAUCGCAGGUUAGAAGUCUGAAUUUAGGCCACCAGCUCUAGAACCAGGCUUCCCCCUGUCAGCGCUGAGGCAGGUGCUAGGCUCUUCAGCUUAGUUCCUCGUUCCGUGGAGAUACCCAUGUGACUUGGCAGCAGCCUUCCAGCAUGCUGCGUGCGUGCUAGCUUGGUUGUUUUGUCUUUCUUAUGUUUCAAGAGAGAUUGACUCAAAAUACACCCAACACUAAUCCUGCCUCAUUAGCAUAACAAAGAUGCCCAUUGCCAAACUGGAUUAUUAGCACAAACAUAGAGGUUAGGAUUUGCUGUACAUAUUGGAGGGUGGAGGGGUUACAAGGGGAGGUGACAAAAUCCAAUCCAUAACAUUGGAUAAAGAUGCUAAUGCUGCCUUUUCUCUCUCAGGCUGUUUCCAUAGAAACCUCCAGCGCCAAACAAAAGGUACCAAUCAUUUAGCCAAAGCUUGCCUUGGCUCAUAGACCUGGGUUUCUUUAAGAAAACAUGUUUCUAUACGUUUGGCUGUGAGAGCAAGGGCUCUUGAAUAUACUUUGGCAUAUAGAAUACGUCCAUCAAUAUUUCUCUUUAAAAUUUUAAAUUAAAUCCUUUGUCAGUAUCCCCUGAAUAUCUCUCAGAUCUUCAAAUAGUACCUCCAAUCCCAUUUUAUGAUAGCCAGUUUGAAAUCAUUUCUUAGAAUUUACCUUAUCGCAUUGCAUUGUAUAGUUUUACCCCUUAUGUCCUCAUAAUGGGAAUUUAGGAUUCAGGACUCUAAGGUAGACAUUUAAUAAUCAAAGUCAUAAGAAACAGGAUUUUUGAAAAAAAAUAAAGGAUAUAUUGAAAAUAGUUUGCACAAUACUCAAUAUUAUAAGCUACUUUAUAUCCUGGGUAAAUUUUAGAAACAUAGUAACUGGUUUACUGUUGCUAGGUUAUAUAGAUUAUGGUGCCGUGCAUACAGACGAGUAGGUCAAAAGUUAAUCAGUUGGUAUUUCUUUCUAAAGCUAUUUCUAAAGAAGGAAGAAACCACGAUUAAUAUUCUUUUUGUAUCUAAUCAUAUAGUCUUCAUAUAUAACUAAUAACUUAUAUUAUCAUUUUGUAAUAUUCUUAACCUUUUGAGCUUAAAAUAUAGUCUAAAACCUUUUAAUAAUGAUGUGUAGUUAUCCUUUUACAGUUAGUAAAGAAUGCCUGUUUAAAAAUGUACAUAAAAUAGUUCAGUCACCUCAUUGAGAUACAUUUUAUCUAUAUCUUGAUUCAAUGAACCUUACUAUCUAUGUGCAAUGAAAUGGUAGUUUUGUGAAAUAAAUAUACCAAGAAUUAACAUUCUUAUAGACAAUCUCUAUUGAUUCCUUACCAGCUGAAAUCAGAUAGAAGGGCCUCUUUUGACGUGAGAACCCAGCUGCAUCUGUUAGGUUAGCCGAUUCUUGAGGAAGUCCUAGGAAGCAUCCAAUUUCCCACCAACUAUCUAGAUCAAUAUCUUGGGGGAGUUGCUGCCUGGAAUGUGUGUGGUAAGAGGGCUCCUGGCUUUUUUUUUUUGUCUUCCUUCACUUGUAUUUUAGUAUCAGAGCAAACUCUGCUGCUGCACACUGCCAUCCCUUCACUUUUCCAGCCACACUGAGCCCUUUCGCCAGCCUGCUCCAUGCAGGGUUUCCACUUUCAACCUAGGUCAGCGUUUUGACUCCUGGGACCCAGAGCGGCACAGGAACACUAAGGCCUUGCUUUCUAGAGUUCAGCCGGUCACUGGCGCUGUACCAGCCGUUGUAUUGGGAGGGUGUUGUAUGUCCAGAGUCACUGGUGAGAAAUCACAGUCUUUUCUUAUUGAGGCUAGGGAUGUUGAAGAUACUCAGCCUAAUACAUAAACUCUUAUAUUGUCAUUAACACAUUUCAUAAAAAUGAAUGAGGGUUGUUUGGUAGGGGCAGGUGGCAUUUAAAUAUUCAUCAUUUUAAUAAAGUCUCACAUUGUAAUGUCCCCUGGAAAAGAAGUGUCAUACUUGAAUGUAAUAAAUGUUCAAUGAUGUAUUUUCUACUUGUUGGAAGUGUUCUGUAGAAGAUGUAUUUUUGUGUGGUAGAAUUUGAUGCUAAUGAUUUUAAACAAUAGUAAACAUGAAUUUGACUUGGA